ACAUGAACAGUAAUUUCUGGAGUUAUUAUUUUAGUCCAGUUUAGACUAAGAGCCAAACUUAGAGCAAAAACAAGUGUGCGUAUCAUUUUUGAAUACGGAAAUGUCUUUGGAACUGUGAUUGCUGGUCAUUUAUCUAACCAACUUAUACACAUGUACACAUUUUUAUCUUGGUCGGUUUAACCGGAAACUGCACCGGGCGGGAGAGGCUCGCCAAAAUACAACCAAUCCCAGCGAAUGGAGGCUGAUUUGGAAUGAAGAGUCGACAUGCAUAACUGUUUGCUUUGUAAACUAUAACAUAUUUGCUAAAACAACAAGGCCAAGGUAUGGAGGAAACUCCUAAAUCCCUGAUUGAGGGUUUCAUUCAGACUGCCCAAACACACCACACCGUAGUCCCAAAAAGGUGGAGACAUGCUCUCACUCGCACUCCAGACAAGUUGCCAUCUCCAGGGGUUGGCACUCGGUCCGCCACAAAGAGGAAGCAGUCAGACCUGCCAGAAAAAACACCUCGCACCAUGAUUGAAACCUAUAUGACCAAUGCGAAAACAGAACUACUGUCAACCUCGAGGACGAGGCGUCGCCGAUCAUUCCCAGCUGCCCCAGUCAAUGUAACAGCUGACAACUUCACACCCAGAACCAACAUCGCCAAGCUUAUAGAACAAGGUGAGGAGGAGACGCCUUACAUCCGCCCUCGGACUCGUCGCUCUAGUAGGAAGUCUUUGCCCGCCCUUCCUGUCAAUGACACCAUCCAACUCCUUCCCAUGUCUCCCAGCAUAGAAGAAGAACAGAGUAGGAUGAAUUCAACACUUCGUAGUUCACGUCGCUCUAAUGCUGCUUCAACACGGGGUAACACUAUAGCUGAAAGUGUGAGAAAGAGGAAACGGCAAUCAAGUACAAGGUCUGUGACCAACCAAACUUUGGAGGAUAUUGAUGACUCCAUACAUCUGCUUCCUGACUCGAGUUCUGGUGAUGAAGCUAUGGAGACUGCUGACAACAGAAAGCAAUCACCCAUGAGAAACAGUCAGCGAUCAAAGCUUCCUUCGUCUUCACAGAUGUUUAACUUCAAGGAGGUCCUGUCAACUUAUGAAGAAACGGAACAGGAAAGAGAUAACAUAAAUACAGAUGAUAACCUAAGUGAAAAAGUUCUUCCACCUUCAUCACCAGAGAAGGAAACAUCAUCUAAAUCUUCACCUAUGAAAAUCCCAGAAACACAGGAGAUCCAUGACUCUCAAAAUAGAACUGCAAUUGAUCACAGAAUUCACAGGUCUUCCAUUUAUAUCCCUGAAACCCAAGAGGACAGCAUGGCAGGAGAAAGUGAAACCCAAGAGGACAGCAUGGCAGGAGAAAGUGAAACCCAGGAGGACAUCGUGGCAGGAGAAAGUGAAACACUUGAGUCCUCUCCACUUAGACCACUUCCAUCCUCUCAGUCAGAGGAUGGGGCUGAAGCAGACAAUGAGGAUGAGGAAGAUGAGGGUAGUCAAAGUAUCUUACUUCACAAAGAUCAGACCUCCACAGAGAAAGAUGUCAAUAAGGGAGGUCGUCGGAGGUCACUUUUCGGAAACAGGACUUACUCAGGAAAUGAUGUAAGUGAGAAAGAUGAGAGAAAGUCGCUGCCUAGAGACCAGCCAUCUACACAGAGUGAUGUCAUUGAAGGAGGUCGGAGAAGGUCAUUACCCAGAGACCGGUCUUCCUCGGGGAAUGAUUUAGGUGAGAAAGUUCUGAGAAGGUCACUGCAUCGAGAUCAGACUUCUUCAGAAGACAAUGUCAUUGAGAAAGAUGGGCGAAAGUCGAUGCACAGUGACAAAGCAAGCAAACAUGCUAAUGUGAGUGGGAAUGCCAUAGAAAAUGCUGGAUCAGAUCAUAAUCAACAGAGAACAUUCGCACCAGAAAUGAUUUCCUCUGUAAAACCUUUUGAUUACACAGAAAAUGAGCAAAACAAUUCUAUAUUUGACAAGUCCACUAGUCUAGUAGGAAUGGAAGAUCGUGAUGAUACAAGUGUCAGAGGAAACACGUACAAGGGCCUGGCACAUGCCAGUUCCACUGCUGAGGACAUGGACCUGGCACAUCCCAGUUCCACUGCUGAGGACAUGGGCCUGGCACAUGCCAGUUCCACUGCUGAGGACAUGGACCUGGCACAUCCCAGUACCACUGCUGAGGACAUGGACCUGGCACAUCCCAGUUCCACUGCUGAGGACAUGGACCUGGCACAUCCCAGUACCACUGCUGAGGACAAGCAGGGCAGUGAUGAAGAAGCCAGUGUUCAUGAGGUGGAGGAAGAAGAAGGCCAAAACCUAGAAGAAGAGGGACAGAUGGAGGCAGAUUUUGUAUUAGAUGAGGAAAGUGCACAUGUAGAGGAAGAGGAGCCUCUCGAUAAAGAUGCUGAUGUUGAAAAUCAGUCUGAUGAGGAAGAUGAAGAGAUGACAGAGGAGGUAACUGAGGAUGUAACAGAGAACUACAGACUGGCCAAAACUCCCCACCUAGCCACACCCCAGGAUAGCCAACGUCCAGCUGUCAGGCCACUGACUGAUGUCCUAAAAAGCAGAAACUCUGCCCUUCCCCUUAGGUCAGUGAAUGAAGUGCUCAAGGACAGAGGCAACACAACACCACCAAAAUCAAAGGAGAAGGAAGUGAAAAUAACCCAAAGGAAAACAAAAGCUAAAACUCGGCAGUCGGCACCUUUACCAGUGUCGGUAAUUAAAAAAGUCUUCGGCCAUUACUGUAAGAUGAAGGUGUCAUCGGAUGUUCUCCCAGGGCUCAUUAAUGCGACAGAAAAAUUCUUCAGACAGGUACCUGCUGACAUUGAAGCCUAUUGUCAUCACGCUGGCAGAAAGACCAUUGAUGAGACAGAUGUGGAACUCCUGAUGAUGAGGCAGCGGUUGAUCAAGGACAACAAGUCACUGAAUGUUUUGAUAGAAGAAAAUCUUCCCUUGGAAUACAGACUGCAGCUCAUUCCCAUAGCCCGUUCCGGCAACAUUGUCUAUCCUAAGUAGUACUUUAAUAGUACAGAAAACAGGACAUCCUUCCCUCUUCUGGCAAUAUUUCUCCAGGAAAUUACAUCAAAACUAGAAUUUACUGGAGGCUUUUUCAGAAGAGGCAAUUUAUUAACAUGGAGUUAAAAUUAGCUCAUGCUUGCUAUGAAUUGAUUGUUUUUUAGCAUCAUGGUAUAAGAAUAUCUGUACUUGUGAUCAGUGCAAUUUUAAGUUUGCGGAUAGAGUAUCCUUAACAGGAAUUGCCUCAUAUUGUGAGAACACACUUUCAUGGAAUGUUGACUCUCAUGCCUUUUUGAGGGGGAUCUGGAGUAUUUGAAUUUGUGACAGUGAUCAUACAUAUUAUAUCUUACUCUUGCAAAAGAAGUUUCACUAUCAAAAUAUUUUUAAUUUAAUUAUUUUAAAGUGACAUAUCUCAGGAAAUGUCCUUGAUGUAACCUGUCAGGUUUUUACAUUACAGUUAUCUGCAGUAAAAUGGUAUACAGCUUUUAGUUACACUUCCUUGAUGGAUUUGUAAUUUAGGGAUAUAUAAAUGUUAAUUUACUGUAGAAUUUUGCUUUGGUAAUGAAAUAGCAGAAAUAAUAACACUUUAAAAUAUUACAUUCAAGACUGGAUGUACUGCUUCUCAAGAAAACUUUGCAAUAUUUUUGAGGUCUGUUAACGCUUUGGGUAAUUUUGGGUAUGAGUAUAUCGGGAGGGGAUGUGAAGCAGUUACAGUUGUUAAUGUAGGACUGGUUAAAUUGAGUCUAAAAUACUAUUUAACAUUUGUAUAGUGGGACCUAGACAGAAAGUGAUUGUUAAUAUAGGGAUAACAGAAAGCUGCCUCCCUGGAAUACCCAGUUACACUCUAAGACACUGAAUGUACUCUGUUUAUAGUUGACUGUUAUAUAUGUAUAUGAAGAUAAGUUCUUCAGGAUUUUUCUUGUGCAAUAAAUGUAGUUAAUUAUUAAA